CCUUAUUCCCAGCUACCCGUCACCCAGGUUUCUUCCAUGACCUGACUUGUCACUGAAGGCAGCGACCUCUGCUUCAUUGACAGCCCUCUAAAAGAGAGGAUGGCAACGGGACUGUAUAAAUUUGAUGAUGGAAAUCCUUCUUGGGCUAACUGCUUUCCUGCCAGAAACCACUUUCGGAGCCGGGAAGUUGCGGGCAGAGGGCACUGGGUCGUAGCUCAAAGAGCUACCCUGCGGAACCACUUCCAGGCCGUGGUUCGUGCUCUCACCGACUACCAGAAGGAGGGUAAAAGCGAGACUCCGCCAGUGAAGGUAGAGGACCUGUAUCGGGAAUGGCCUGGAUUUGAAAAGCUCCUCAACGGACGGAUGAAACGGGUCUUAGAUUUGCCCUUUUUGCUGAAGCAUCACUCUGUGGAGAGCCCUUCGGAGUUGUGCUCUUUGAAUGUCAGUGGGCAAAAUUUGUACAUGGCGAAGGAAAAUGACUUCGUGCAUUUUGACUCGGUCAUUUACAUCAAUGCAUCCGAGAACCUGUUACCAUUAGAGGCAUUUCACACAUUUCCCGCCCUCGAGGAACUGGAGCUCUCUUUUAACGGGAUUGGGAACGUCUGUAUCAGAACAGAAGAUUUUCAGUAUUUGGAAGUCCUGGACCUCUCUUACAAUAGCCUCUCUCCGGAGGCCAUCUAUGAGCUGGGAAUUCUGCCCCGCCUCAAAACGCUCUUUCUGACCGGCAACGGGUUGACGUCUCUCCCGUCCAACAUGGCCGUCGCGAUGCAGGAUAUCUCCGUCAUAUCGCUGAUGACCAAGUCUUUCAUCCUGAGGUUUCCGGUCCUGGAGACGCUGAUGUUGGAUGAAAACAACCUGUCUCGCCCUGAUGUUUUUGCAAGUCUGGCUGGUCUGAGAAGACUGAAGAAAUUAAAUCUGGACAAAAACAGGAUCACCAGGAUCCCCUACCUGCAGCAGAUCCAGACGUCGGACGAGCCGGAGGAGCCUCCUGCGGCCCGCGAGGUCGUCUCCCAGGGCCAGCCUGCUGCCUCCGGCCUCGGCCCCGCCUCGGCCGUCGGACCCCGGGGCCGGGAGGCUGGUCUCCGCCCGGGCAGCCGGACGGAGAAAGGACAGCUGGAUCGCACCGUACGACCAACCCGAAAGGGCGCGGGCGGGACAGAAGGUGUUUCCUCUCUCGUCACUCAAAUCCCACCAGUGACAUUGGCCGCCAGCCUCUGUCCCCUCGCCCCCAUAUUCAAGAUCCUGCCUGCGAAGUCCUUGAGGGUCCUGGAUCAAAAACUGGUCCCCCCGUUUCCGGAGCUGAUGCACCUCAGCCUGGCCUGGAACAAGGUCUCAAAGGAAGAUGCCCUGCUGGCUGUCGCUCUGUUUCCUUCUCUGAAUGAGCUGGUCUUCCACAGCAACCCUCUGGCCAGCAGCACCCGGGGUGACCCUCCUAUGCUGAACAGCUUCCUUCACCAGAGGCUGGGGAUUAAGUUAAUUCGAAAGAUGAUUUCAAAACCAAGCAAAUGCCCCGUUUUUAUUUCUCCCCGGGCUAACAGAAAGGUGCAGUCCUUUAUCCCCAAGGUCCCCAGAGGGCCUCGGGUGCUGGGCCUCUCGGCCACCCAAGACCCCCGGUGGGCGGCGGCGGACGACGGCGGACCCCUCCCGGCCAUCGGCUCGGCCGCCGCGGGGCCCAGCCGGCAGCGAGCGGGGCAGUCCGGAGAGGGCGGAGGGUCGCUCCCGCCCUGCCGGGAGGACACCCCACUAGGCCGAGAGUUUGACUCCUUCUUCGUGACACAGGCGAGCACCAUCCAGAGUUCUCCCUGGAGCCGGAAAGGAGAAAGAGGGGAGAGGAAACUGAAAGGAGGGGACAAGAGCCGGAGAAGAGCGAAGGGGAAGGUCAAGGAGAGCAGGAAGACGGAGAAGUCAGUCACCGUUGCUCCCCCAGGUCCGUACCGGGGCUACGAGGAGCUGCUGCAGGUGAAGCCCGACCCGGAUUUCGUCGAGCCCGUCGGGCUCCGGGAGAACGUGAGGGCGCUGCGGCGGAUUCUGGCCCGGCCCGGCCUUUACGGUUCCGGCAAGAUGAGGCCGGACCCCGACCAGACAGCGCGGGGCCUCGGGGACAGAAAGGUGGGGCAGAUGAUGGUCCCCGCUCCUCGAAGGGCCAAAACCCAGCUGCUGGAGGACGUCCUGACCUGCAUGAGGGCGCCCGGGAACAUCACCGAGACCCCGCUGGUCUCGGCCUUGCGGAAUAGAGAGCAGAGGCGCUACCGAGAAGCCGUCCACCUGCUGAAGGAAUUCCAGGUCAGGUACAAGCAGAUGGUGAGGAGCACCCUCAGCCCCAUUUUCGGCGGCUCCCAGGGAGCCUCGGCCGUGCCGCCGUGCAGCGUUCGGGACGACCCCGCGCCGGGCAAGAAGAGACUCUCCCAGAUCCAAGAAUUGGUCACUGGAUGGGGCCGGGAGGGCGGGACCGAGGCCCCGGAUUUAUAGGCCUGUUUGUGUCGAGCGGCCUUUCCCCGGGGGUGGGGAUGGGGGCGGCUCCCGAGGGGCUGCUAGUGUCACCUCAGGUAACCACAGAGGGAUGAGUGGGGCGUCAGCAGUGGCCUGGGACUUGGGCUAACGUCAGGCAGACUUGCCCCGAGCGAGCGGGUGAGCAGGCGAACCGGGGAGAGCCGGAGAGCCGGAGCAAGCAAGUGAGCUGGCCUAGCUGGAGCCUUGGGGGCUGCAAUAAACGACCCUGCAACAAA